AUGGCACUCUUUAAUACUAGUAGUGACUUAUCUACCACAUUCUACUUCAUUGGAGUUCCUGGAUAUGAAGCACUACACCACUGGAUCUCCAUCCCUUUCUGCAUUCUAUACGUGGUUGGAAUAGUGGGCAACUGUACCAUCCUUCAUAUAGUCCGGACUGACCCAAGUCUUCAUGAACCCAUGUACUAUUUCUUGGCCAUGUUGUCUCUCACUGAUAUGGGCAUGUCCCUUCCCACUCUUGUAUCACUCUUGAGAGUGCUGUGGUCCAUUUCCAGAGAGAUUGAAUUCAACACUUGUGUGAUACAGAUGUUCUUCAUCCAUACUUUCUCCCUAACAGAAUCAGGAGUGCUCCUGGCAAUGGCCUUUGACCGCUAUGUAGCCAUUUGUCUCCCCCUGAGAUAUCCCACCAUCCUCACUCCACAGCGCAUUACCAAGAUUGGAAUAGCAGCUUUUCUCAGGAGUUCCCUCUCCAUUAUUCCACUAAUGAUCCGCCUUGCAUACUUCCCUUUUUGUCGCUCCCAUGUCCUUUCUCAUUCCUACUGCCUACAUCAGGACAUGAUUCGUUUGGCUUGUGCUGAUAUUAAGUUUAAUGUCAUCUAUGGAUUGGUUUUGAUCACUGUUGUGUGGGGAUUUGAUUCUCUUGGCAUUCUGGUUUCUUAUAUCUUCAUUCUCCGUUCUGUGCUAAGCAUUGCAUCACAGAAGGAAAGGCUCAAAGCUCUUAAUACAUGUGCCUCCCACAUCUGUGCUGUCCUUAUUCUCUAUGUGCCCAUGAUUGGUCUGUCUCUUGUUAGCCGUUUUGCAAAGCAUGCCUUUCCCCUUGUCCACAUUUUCAUGGCUCACAUUUACUUGUUGGUACCUCCUGUGCUCAAUCCUGUAAUCUACAGUGUGAAGACCAAGCAGAUUCGCACAAGGAUAAUCCGUCUAUUUGUCCCUUCGAGGAUUCAUUCCACCCAGGGUAGAUCAUGCUAA